AAACAGUCUCCAGAAGGUUGAAUUUAAAUCGUGAAUGCUGUUUAUUGUCCAAAGGAAGUAGUGACCGCCAAUCUGAUUUAUCGAACUCUGAUAGCCAUUUAUUUGCAAAUAUUUUUGUUCAAUGCUAUCAGAUAAACACAUGUAUAUAUAAUCGUAUAUAAUCAAAUAUAUUUAACUCUGCCAUAAUUAUUCUUGCUAAACAGAUUGAACGCGCUUAAAAUGAAGUUUUACAUGUCAACAUUUUUGGGUAUAUUUAUCGCAGCGGCGGUAAGUUCAUUGGAAUCCUCCGAAGAAACAAUACGAACCCCUGAUCCCCUCUGUCCAUAUCCUUCACACAAUGUAACCUUCUAUCCAGAUCCUAAUAAUUGCGCCCACUACUUCGAGUGUUACGAGGGAAACAAAUAUAGCAUGGAAUGUCCUCCAGACUUGUACUGGAAUACCGUUAGUGAUUCCUGCGACUAUUUGGAAUAUGUCGAUUGUACAAGGGCUCAAACGGCCACAACUGGGAAGAGUACAACACCGACAACUGAAGGAUCUUGGGCACCUGACCCGUUGUGCCCAUAUCCAUCCCACAAUGUAACUUUCUAUCCAAAUCCGAACAACUGUUCCCAAUACUAUGAAUGUUACGAGGGAAACAAAUAUCUUAUGGAUUGUCCUCCCGACUUGUACUGGAAUACCGUUAGCGAUAACUGUGACUAUUUGGAAAAUGUGAAUUGCGGCGGAUCGGCAACCAAAUCCAGUACAAGUCAAUCAACAUCAUCGACAACAACUGCGGUAACCAAGUCCAGUACAAAUCAACCGUCAUCAUCGACAUCAUCGGCAUCACCUACAACCAGCCGGAGCACAACGGCAUCUCCAGCAGAUUCAGUUUGUCAAAAUAAACCGGACGGCACUUUUGUUGAAGAUCCCAACGACUGCACAAUAUUUUACGAAUGUAAUGGCGGAAAAGGUAUUGCCCAACAUUGUCCCAGCGGAACCUACUGGAAUGAAAGUAUCUUAUCGUGUGACAAUGCAGCAAAUGUUCAGUCAUCCUCCCCAACCUGUACGUCAAAUAAAGUGGAGUUCUAUCCGGACCCGCAGGACUGUUCCUCAUUUUACGAAUGCGUCAAUGGCCAAAUCAGUAAACAUCGCUGUCCAGAUGGCCAGUCCUGGGACCCAGAGUUUGUUGCCUGUAAUUUUAGCCAUGAAGUUAAUUGUGGCAGUAGACCAAAAGAGCAUUAUCCCAAUUGUCCAUCGGAGGGAGUAAGUUACUUUCCGGAUCUUGAAGACUGUUCCGGAUUUUACAUAUGUAUUAAUGGAAAAACUGGACACCUCACUUGUCCAGAUCAGUUAAGUUGGAGCACGGAUCAUGAAGAAUGUCUUAUUACGGAAAACGUAGAUUGUGGACUGAGACCCAGUAAUACACAACAAACAACGUCGACUACGACAUCUACGACAUCGACAACGGCGUCUACAACAUCAACAUCCACGACAUCAUCCACAACGUCAACAACAACAUCCACAACAUCGUCGACCACGUCAACAUCAACAUCCACAACAUCAUCGACAACGUCCACACCAACAUCCACAACAUCGUCAACAACAGCAGCACCAUAUCCGGAAUGUCCACCAAAUAAAGUGGUCUUCUUUCCUGAUCCGGAUGAUUGCAAUAAAUUUUAUGAAUGCCUGAAUGGCCAAAGCAGCCAUCGAAGCUGCCCUUCAGGUCAGGUAUGGGAUCCAGAGAUCAUUGGGUGUAGUUUUAAUCAAGAUGUUAAUUGCACCAGUUUACUUAAACGCUCUCCAGAAUGUGCAUCGGAUGGAAUCAGUUACUUUCCAGACUUUGAGAACUGUUCCAGAUUUUACGAAUGUAUUAAUGGCAAGGUUUAUCAUUUCGUGUGUAUAAAAGAUUUUAAUUGGGACUCGGAGAAUAGUAGAUGUCUAAAAACAGAAUUUGUACGUUGCGGAAACAGACGAAUAAUACUGUGACUUAAGAUUGUGCAGAUGUGUUUUCAAAUUGUUGUAUAUGACAUAUUCUACAAUUGUUUUCUGGGAGAAAUUCUCAGUUAUACAUACGUAAUUUAUUUAUCUUUAUGAAGUAGAAGUAAGUAGGGAUAGAGAUAGUGUAAAUGUCGCAAUGUAUAAUUUUUUAGCUUCGAAGAUUAUGACUGGUAAAGAAUUUUUAAACAUAUUUAAGUAGAAAAGAUCACACA